AUGAAGAAAGACUUGAGAAUUAUCAACCGCCAAAGGGAGAAAUUCCUUACAACGCCUCCAGUAUAUUUCUUCGAGUUCGUUUUGAGAAGACCGGUUGAACCGUCGGAUGGUCAGUCAAUCUUAUCGAUCCGGUCUUUGAUUUGGAACACUCCCGCUGCUCACCUUAGCGUCUCGCAGUUCUCGAGACCACAAGUUCCUGAUCAUAUCGGAGAAGAUGAGGCUGAAGAAGACAUUCCUACGAAAUCAUCGAAUGCUGCUGCAGGUGGUGCGGCUGCCGAAAUCGCGGGUCAUCCACUUUUAGCUUCUUUAGUUCAGUCUCGUUUUAAUGGCCUUGUUGGUCGUUAUUCUGGUUAUAUCGAAUCCCUUCCUGCACCAAUCCGACAACGUGUCGAUGGCUUGAAUGGUAUUCAAGCUGAACACGCCGAGCUCAAAGCCGACUUUCAAAAAGAUGUACUUGAACUUGAAAAGAAGUACGCACAUCGAUAUGGACCACCUCUUUACGAACGAAGAGCCGAGAUCAUUGCUGGUAAAAUUGAACCUUCAUCACAGAAAAUCGCAGCGGGAAUUAAAAUGGAAGAAGAUGAAGAGUCGGAUGAUGAGGAUGAUGAAGCUGCGCUCAAGCACCUUGAAGAUAUCCGAGUCGCCUAUCUCGAUGGCAAGCCCGGCUUCAAACUUACCUUUUCUUUCGGUCCAGGGGCUAAGGAGUUCUUUGAAAACGAAAAUUGGGAGGAGACUUACUAUUAUCAGGAUACUGUGGGUUACGCUGGUGAUUAUGUUUAUGAAAAAGCUGAAGGGACAAAGAUCCUUUGGAAGACCGGUAAAGAUUUGACUGUCAAGAUCGAAACCAAGAAACAACGAAACAAAAACACAAAUAGAACCCGAGUGGUUAAGAAAGUGAUCCCAACCGACUCUUUCUUUACCUUCUUCAGUCCACCAACUCCGCCUGCUGAAGAAGACAACUUAUCCGAAGGGGAGCAAGACGAUAUCGAACAAUGUCUCGAACUGGACUAUCAAAUUGGUGAAGAUCUGAAGGAAAGGAUCAUCCCACGGGCUAUUGAUUUCUUCACUGGCAAGGCCUUACGUUUCGAAGAGGGUGUUGACGAUGAACUAUUGGAUGAGUUUGAUGAUGAUAACGACGAUGAUGAUGAUGACGACGACGAUGACGAGGACGGAGAUGCUCCUGACCGCUUGGUUGUCCCCGGCGCUAGAAAAUCUUGAAAAACCCCAUUCCCCCAAGUGGCGUUACGCCUGCUGGUAACCAGGAUCCUCAGGAAUGCAAACAGCAAUGAUUGCUAAAAGAUAACUUGCGAUAUUUUUGAUGUUACUUGAAAAUGAAAAUAGUGCAGACACGCUCUUUAGCUAAUCAAAACCCAUCUGUUCAUUCAGUUUCUCUGAAUAGCUCUGAGAUUUGUGGCAACCCAAAAAAAUAAUUGUAAUCUUCAGUUUAAAAAAACACGUUUAUAAAUGU